AUGGAUCCGAAUAACAAUCGCCUGCACCUGAACUUUGGGUACAAUGACCGGAACUACAAUGUAGCCAACAACCGCGCCUACCCCACAACGCCCUCCGCAUUUCCGCAGCCCAUGUACCAGUCUCCCGACUACAUCGACGCUCACUCGGCCCAGAAUGCUGCUUAUGGGCAAGGAUACUUCGUGAACAACGCCUAUGCUCCUCAGCAGCCGCAGCAGGCCCAUUACCCCCUACAGCAGCAACAACAGUAUGCGCCGCACAAUCUGCAAUCUCCCCAGCCAACCUACCAGGGUCGCAUGGGCUACAACAAUGCCAACGACGGCACCAACGGCUUAGUCCAGCAGUUUUCCAACCAGGAUCUGAAUGCAUCGCCCCGUGCUGGCCUUUCUCCCCGUGCUGCCUCCCCUGCUCAGCGUCCCCGCACUGCCGGCUCGGCCGCAGCACAGCAACAACAGGCGGGACAUCUGGCGCCCCGAACAACCGCAGUCCGAAGUCCCAGAAUGAGGAAGAGGAGCUUCCGCGAUUCCCGGAGCGAUACUCGGACAAUGUCCACAAGCGUGGAAGGGCAGCGAAGGAGCUGUUCUGCCAACCUCGACAAGCUGCUCCAAAGCAACAGCAUGCCCGAUGCAAAGAAGCGUCAGGAGGCGGAAACUUUGGCCAAGAAAGAAUCCAGGUUCCUCCGUUUUCUGCGCACCAAGGAGACUCCCGCAAACUUCCAGACCAUCAAGGUCAUCGGAAAGGGUGCAUUUGGUGAAGUCAGGCUGGUCCAGCGGAAAAGCGAUGGCAAGAUCUAUGCGCUCAAAUCCCUCAUCAAGUCGGAAAUGUUCAAGAAAGAUCAGUUGGCCCACGUUCGUGCCGAGCGAGACAUCCUGGCGGAUUCCAAGGACAACCCGUGGCUGGUCAAACUGCACGCCUCCUUCCAGGACAGCGCAUAUCUAUACCUUCUGAUGGAGUUCUUACCCGGCGGUGAUCUGAUGACAAUGCUCAUAAAGUACGAGAUCUUUUCCGAGGAUAUCACCCGAUUUUACAUGGCCGAAAUCGUCAUGGCAAUUGAGGCCGUGCACAAGCUUGGUUUCCUCCAUCGGGACAUCAAGCCGGAUAAUAUCCUCUUAGACCGCGGUGGUCAUAUCAAACUCACCGAUUUCGGCUUGUCCACCGGAGGGAAGAAGACACAUGACAAUGCUUACUAUCAAAACCUCCUCAAGAAUUCCACUGCCAAGGACAAGAACCGCAACUCGGGAUACUUCUCAGAAUCCAUCAACCUGACCGUCUCCAACCGUAGUCAGAUCAAUACCUGGCGGAAGUCUCGUCGUGCCAUGGCCUAUUCUACUGUCGGAACUCCCGACUACAUCGCCCCCGAGAUCUUCAACGGCCAAGGAUACACUUAUCUGUGCGAUUGGUGGUCGGUUGGUGCCAUUAUGUUCGAGUGUCUGGUCGGAUGGCCUCCAUUCUGUGCGGAAGACACUACGGAUACCUACCGGAAGAUCGUAAACUGGAAAGAGUGCCUUUACUUCCCUGAGGAUCUCGUUCUAUCGCGUGAGUCGGAGUCGUUAAUCCGAGCCUUCCUAUGCGAUGCCGAACAUCGUAUUGGUAAUGAAGGUGGCCAGCACGGCGGUGCGACCCAAAUCAAGAAUCACCCCUUCUUCCGUGGAGUGGUGUGGGAUCAGCUGCGCAAGAUCCGUGCUCCUUUCGAGCCAAAGCUCACCUCGAACGUGGAUGUAUCCUACUUCCCGGUCGACGAAAUUCCUCAGGAAGACACCAGUGCGCAGCACCGUGCUCAAGCUCGCGCAAUGCCGGAAGAGCAAGAGGCGGAAAUGAGCUUGCCCUUCAUCGGCUACACGUACAAGGCGUUCAACGCUUUCCAGGGAAGUUAA